CUUUUACCUUUCCAACAAUUUGACUUCAAAGACAACAGGAAAAUGCUCCGUCCUAGACGCCGUCGUGAUCCUAACGAGCCACGACCGCAAUGGCAGCAACGACGUCACUAUGAGGACCAUCUGGGCAACGCUGUGGUGCUGGAAGAGUACAUCACGCCCAAUGUUGACCCUGAGCCCACAGAGCAGGUGGCAAUCCAGGUCUACAGCACCGUUCCGUUGGACGAAGAUCAUACUGCUCUGCGCGACUAUCUACUGAGCAGCUGGUCAUUCGAGGGCCCCAAGCCCUUAUUCGAGAUCUACUCCUACUGUCCCGCUGACGCCUUCGCCUGCGUCGAGCACAACCGCCGGGAGAUCGCCUUUCGAAAGCAUCAACAUGCCAUGCUGAGCACGUCGAACCCCGCCCCGCUGAUCCCUUACUUCUUCCACUGGCGAUACGAGUCUCCCAUCGGAUGCUGCGUCCUCAGCAACUCCCACAGCUACCGUUUGGGAUACAUCACCGACGAGGAGGCCUACCGUGCGGCGGGCCCAGCCCCAGACUGGCUGGCCUUCAAUCGCACGUUCGCCCACGCUCUCCCAACCGUCGACACGGCCCAGCGAGUCUCCGCCGCGCAACCAUCCUCGUUCGGCCCUCGCGAACUCUACCCCGAGGCCUUUGAGAUGGACAUCGUGCGCGUCCGGCGCCAAGAGACCAUCGGCCAGCACACCGUGCUCAACGUCUUUGGAAACCGCAAAGGCUUCGGUCCGGAUCAGCGGUCUUUGCAUUACGGACUGGACACGUACGAGGGCGAGCCUCCUGGGUCGGCACCCCCGUCCGAGGAGCACAUCCAGCAGCAGCUAGACCAGCAGCUCGCCGACAGCAACUUGACCCUCGAUGAAGCGUUCCGGGUUUCGCACAGUGACGACACCACGGUGAUCGUCAGCAACACGCCUGACAAUGCCGCGCCCGACCUACAGUAUCUCCUCUACGUGCCCUUUCUAAGCCAUCUCGACGCGGACGACCAAGCCGCAGCACUUCUAGAAAAGACCGCCCGUCUCUUCACCGCGGCCGUCGUAUACCAUCUCUCUCCCCUCGAAAAGCUGCAUUUCGAAUUCCGCAUCCCGCCGUCUCCUUCCUGGUCUGCCAUUCUUCCCGCAUACGAAGAUACUCUCCGUGACCAUGACGCCCUCCGUCACGAAGAAGGCGAGAAUACUCCCAUCGGCGCCCGCCAUACGAUUCCCCCAAAUGAAAGUCACGCCCGCGUCUCCCCCCAAAGACGCAGCGACCGGCUAGUGACCGCCCAGGCGAUGCUGAAGGGCCCGUACCGGGUGUUCGCCGUCGUGCUGGAUAAGCCUGCUUUCGUGCGCGAGCCCGGAGUCUGCUUCUACAUGACGGACUAUGACGAUUCAAAUGAGCCCGACCCCGAGGAUGUGAGUUGUCCUGAUACACAGGUGUGGCGGAGUGCGGGAAUGGCCCAGGUUGCGCGGCGGCUGGCGAUGCUGGCGGUAGAGGAGGGGCGGGAUGGGGUGGAGACGAGGGAGUUCCUGGAUGAUUAAUUAC